AUGUUGAAGGACAAGUUGGUGGACUUCAUCAUUGAGUUCAUGGAGGAGGUCGAUAAGGAAAUCAGUGAAAUGAAGUUGUUCUUGAACGCACGUGCGCGUGUCAUUGCUGAGGCUUAUUUGACUCCGUUUGAUUAG